AGAGGCUGCAUGAGAGCACAGGAGGAGGCAUCGCACGGGCAGGAGGAGCAGGGACAUGUCUUACAAGCGUGGUGCCAGCCUCGGCUUCCUCCUCAUCCUCAUCUUCUGCCAGGAACAAGUCAGGGGCAAACCAAUGUCCAGCCUGCAGAGUUUGUCCAGAUUACUGGAGGACAAUUUUGAGCGAUCCUAUGGUUCUGAGGAAUCUGACCAUGAGAGGGGGGAAAUGGUACCGACCGACUCCCUGGACCAGCCGGACCCCCUCAGUCAGUGGGACGGGAAUCGGGUGGAUAAACUGGAAGGUCCCCACCUAAGUGGCAUGACCCUGCGAGAGAUCCUGGACGACCCUGCGGGGACACAGAGGAGAUAUAGACAGAGGAGCAAAAAGGCGUUUUCCAGGGGCUGCUUUGGGGUGAAGCUGGACAGGAUCGGAUCAUUCAGUGGCUUGGGCUGCUAGUCAC